AUACCGCUCUUAACUGAUCCGGCUACACCGCCACGACAAAAACAAAUCGUUCCAGCAAUUGCAACCAAAAACUAAAAAAUGAUUGAAAUAACGUGCAACGAUCGCCUGGGCAAGAAGGUGCGCGUCAAGUGUAACCCAGACGACACAAUUGGAGACCUUAAGAAACUCAUUGCGGCACAAACGGGCACCAAACACGAGAAGAUAGUCCUGAAAAAGUGGUACACGAUCUACAAGGACCCCAUUCGUCUAUCCGACUAUGAAAUUCACGACGGGAUGAAUCUGGAACUGUACUACCAGUGAAUAUCCGCGGGCAAUGCAUUAAUCAUAGUGAUUGUCUUUUUUUAUAGCUAUUAUAUGGUAAAUUAAAGAAUUUUGCAGAA